AUGUGCGAUACGGCCACGAGCAGCGUCAAAGCUUGUUUGCCCCGACCUCAGCCGUGCGUCAUUGGAGGGGAUGGUGGGGUCUUUUGCCGAUCACGCUCGUUUUUUGGCAGGAACUCGCUAUCUGAUGGGCACACAGAGUUUGAAGAAACUCAAGAAGAAAAGGGACGGCCGACGAAAUGGAGCAUGGGAGUCUUGAAUGACCCUCAUACCCACGAAGUUCCCGGCUCCGUCCUGCUCCUCACUGGUGACCACAACCAACCCCUCGGACUGCGAAACGAACCUUCCAGGACAUCUUCCUCUUCCUUGCCUACCCAGCCCAACCAGAGUAGACGACAAUCCCACUAUACGAAGCCAUCAUACGGGAAAAAGACGACGCCAGAUGGCAAGAUCAUCCUUAAUCCACAGCCAGAAGAUUCAGACAAUGACCCGUUGAACUGGCCAAAAUGGAAGAGAGAUGCUGCGCUUCUAUCCUUGGGAUUAUUCUGCAUGGUAGGAGGAGGUAUGACACCCAUUUUGGCUGCAGGCUUCACCAACGUUGCCACGACUUAUAACGUCACUGUUCCUGAAGUGGCUCUCACGACUGGACUGUACAUGAUGGGCCUUGGUGUCGGAUCAGUCUUUGCUUCUCCAACAGCAAUCCUCUAUGGGAAACGACCGGUGUAUCUGGUCGGUGCACUAAUUUUCAUUGCCACGUCACUUUGGUGUGCUGCUUCUCCAAGCUACAUCUCACUGCUUGUUGCCCGUAUAUUCCAAGGAAUCGCUGUCAGCCCAGUCGAAUGUUUGCCUUCGGCUACCAUCGCCGAGAUCUUCUUUCUUCAUGAGCGUGCAUACCGACUUGGUAUUUACACGCUGCUGCUUCUAGGUGGCAAGAAUCUGGUCCCACUUGUCAGUGCUGCCAUCAUCCAAAGGCUUGACUGGAGAUGGGUUUUCUGGAUCGUGGCGAUGGUUGGAGGGUUCUGCGCGAUCGUGCUGUUCUUCUUCGUGCCAGAGUCAUUCUGGGAUCGAUCUCCGGUUCCAAGAAGCCGGAGAAACUCCAACAAUGCAUCUAGACUGUCCUGCCUUUCAGGGCUGAGAUCACACAAACCACCGCCGCGGCCGCCGAGCGCUUUAGACAAGCAGGCGGAUGGUAACCUUGAUGACAUGGCUCAAGAUAGACCGCUAUCGGCUAUACCUAGUAGAUUUAUUGCAAGCAAAAGGCCAGCGAUUGUGCAUCGCACAAGCGCAAAUCGGCAUCAUCACGUUGGAUUUGUACGGAGUGGGUCUGAACAAGACACAGAAGAUGCCAAGCUCCACGGAGCAUUGCAAGGAGACCGGCUCCACCAUCACCAUGGUGCAGAGCAUGAGUUUAAGCAUCUCGUCGAGCCAACUGGCGACGCGCCACCGACUCCAGCAUUACACAGCUUGAACUCGCCAUGGUACAGGGACGUGGAAAAAGAAGGCGUAGACUACAUGACAGCUGGAAACCCUGCUCGAGCUGAGCCUAAUAUGAACGUUGAUGGAGGUAUUUCUAGAGUGGGGACCGGCUUGAAUUUUGAUAGAGGGGCUUCAACUCCCACAACGCCAAAGUCUCAUUCUCAACGGUAUACCGCCGGUCUCCGAGAUGGACCUGCCUUGUCGUUUGCUCAGCAGCUGAAACCUUACAAUGGACGGAUACACCAAGAUAAGUGGCUCCGGGUAGCCAUACGCCCUUUCAUUCUCUUUGCCUACCCAGCGGUCCUCUGGUCUGCUAUUGUCUACUCCUGCGCUGUGGGAUGGUUGAUUGUACUCUCCGAAUCUGUUGCGGUCAUUUACCGAAGCCCUACCACUUAUGGAUUUUCCGCCCUCUCAACGGGUUUGAUCUAUCUUUCCCCGUUUAUUGGCGGAAUUCUCGGUACCGCGGUGGCUGGCAAGGUCAGCGAUAUCAUUGUCCGAGCCAUGUCGAAACGCAACGGCGGUCUAUACGAACCGGAGUUUCGUUUGGUGAUGGCUGCUCCUGUCGCAAUCACUACGGUCAUCGGCCUCAUGGGAUACGGCUGGUCCGCCGAAGUCCACGAUGCGUGGAUCGUUCCUACCAUCUUCUUCGGCGUCAUCUCCUUCGGUUGCUCUCUCGGCUCAACAACAGCCAUCACUUUCUGUGUCGAUAGCUAUCGCCAGUACGCUGGGGAGGCCCUCGUCACGCUCAAUUUCAGCAAGAAUAUCUUCCACGGUUUGGUAUUCAGCCUGUUCUUCCCGCGGUGGCUGGAGCGCAAGGGCUCCAAGUCAGUGUUCAUAUGGUUGGGCGUCAUACAGUUGAUCCUCAUGACUUUCACGGUCCCCAUGUAUAUUUUUGGCAAGAGGGCGAGGAUGUGGACUGUGAGGAAGAACUUGAUGGAGAAGUUCUAG